AUGGAAUUAAGGGGAAGAGUACAGAGGGCAAACGAGACGUUACAAGACUUUGCAGCUGAGGUGGAACUUUUGGUGCUAAUGACGUAUCCAGGAGAGGAUCACCCAUUGCUGGACCGUAUGAAAAUCGAAACCUUUGUGAAUGGCAUACGUGACCCUGAGAUUAAGUAUGCAACAUAUGCGUCACCAAAAGCAUCAUUUUCCGAAACUGUGUCGUUUGCCCUUGCCCAAGAGACGGCAAGAAUAGUUGUUAAGCCCCAGACCCACAAGAUUCGCCAACUGGAGACCGAAGGUUGCGAACCCAAAUCUCUCGUUAACUCGAUCGAAGACGCCAUGAGGCGGGUAAUAGAAGAGACAAAACUGCGCACAGCAACGGGGGAGCCCGCGGCAGUACACGGCAAGAUUACCCUGAGACUAACUAUUGCCAAUAAAUCGGAGAAUUACGAGUUUAUAGUUGCCGAUAUCGUAGACGAAGUGAUAAUAGGCGCAGAUUUUAUGAUUGCCUUUGGUAUCAAUCUGGAUAUGAAAGAACGUGUGAUGACCUGGUCUAACGUCGAAAUUCCGUUAAACGUGGGCUACGAUGAAAGUACACCCAUUAGACGUCUGACCACGGACCAUCCAAAGAUAAUACCGCCCUGUGCCGAAGCAAUAAUAUGGGUACCAAUGAAUGGAGAUUGUGGAGCCGAGAAGUUGUGGGUGGUGGAACCAGCAGAAAACAGAAACAUGGUCAUGGAUUACUUCAGUAAAUGGCCAGAGGUUUAUGCUAUCCCAAAUCAAGAAGCCAGGACAAUUGUGGAUGUGUUCAGCAGAAAUUGGAUUUGUCGCUAUGGUGUUCCAUCUGAGGUUCAUUCCGAUCAAGGGAGGAAUUUUGAAUCAGCGAUCUUCAAGGAAAUGUGUGACUCCUACGGAAUCAAGAACACCAGAACGACGCCCCUACAUCCACAAUCAGAUGGCAUGGUGGAAAGAUUCAAUCGCACCCUGGAAGAACAUCUACGGAAAGUGGUGGACAGUGGCCAACGAGACUGGGAUGAGCAUAUUCCCAAGUUUUUACUGGCUUAUAGAUCGGCCAUUCAUGAUUCCACAUCCCGGACCCCAGCCAAAGUUCUGUUCGGAAAUGAAUUAAAGCUACCUGGCGAUUUUAUAUUCGGUGCUACCCCAAACGACGAUGUGAACCAAGAUGAAGACAGUCAAAACUCUUUUAGUAAAGUCCACGAUGCAGUCCGAUAUCGAAUAAAAAUGGUUAGCAACCGCAUGAAGGCAAGGUACGAUCGAGCGGCAAAUACCGAUGGGUUUCAAGAAGGGCAACUGGUACUAUUGUUCAACCCACAACGAAAGAAAGGACUAUGCCCCAAAUUACAAACGCACUGGGAAGGACCCUACAAGAUUGUCACGAAAAUAAAUGACGUCGUUUAUCGCAUCCAGAGGAGCGACAGUCCCAGGUCGAAGAUGAAAGUUGUACAUUUGGAGCGGCUGACCCCCUACGGAACGGGAACUGUGCCUAUUCGGGACGAACAGGCUUAA